AUGUACCUGCUCACCUUCAGUGGGAACCUGCUCAUCAUCCUGGCCAUUGUCACAGACUCCCGCCUCCACACACCCAUGUACUUCUUCCUCUCCAACCUGUCCUUUGUAGACAUCUUUUUCACCUCCACCACCAUCCCCAAGGUGCUGCUGAACCUCCAGACACAGAGCAAAGUGAUCACCUAUGCAGGCUGCCUCAGCCAGAUAUAUUUUUUCAUGCUUUUUGCGGGAUUAGACAACUUUCUCUUGACAGUGAUGGCCUAUGACCGGUUUGCAGCCAUCUGUCACCCACUGCACUACAUGGUUAUCAUGAACCCCAAGUUCUGUGGCAGCCUGCUUCUGGUGUGCUGGGUGUUGAUUGUCUCUUUAUUCUAUGGUACAGGCUUAGGGGUGUAUCUUAGUUCUGCAGCUUCUCAAAACUCGAGGACAACGGCCAUAGCUUCAGUGAUGUACACAGUGGUCACACCCAUGCUGAACCCCUUCAUCUAUGGUCUGAGGAACAGAGACAUAAAACUGGCACUAAGAAAGCUCUUGAGCAGGAAGACAGUCUCUGCAUAG